AUGAGGGGGUUUUCCUCCACCCUGGACGCACCCUCCAUGCUGGGCCGGCACCCCGCAUCCUCGCUGCUCGCCGCCUCGACAGAGAUCCGGGAGUGGGGAGGUGAUGCCGCCUCGACGCGGGACCUUUUGAUCAAUGCGGGUCCCGGAACGCCUACAUCAUGCGUGCUGGUUCUUUUAGUGUCCUCUGUUAUUGCCUGA